CACAAGCGGACGACAUUUCCUGUCGCAAUAGUUUAUUUUUAGUUUUGGUUGUAAUUCUGCUUAUAAAAGUUUAUUCUGUAACGGCAAUAUCAUAAAACGUAAAGUCAAGUCGGAAACGUUUGGAGAAAGCUUAUCCUGUGAAUUUUGUUUUAAAAAAUAUCGGUUUAGAACAGAUCUUUCUACCGUGGAUUUUGUAAAUCAGCCAGUUUUCACUACCGUUUCAUCUAUCAACAUUCAAGCAAGCAAGCAGCAAGCAUCACCAGUCAUAUCAAAAGCUAUGGAAGGAACAGUUUCUGAGAAUCCAAUCCCAACCCAAACCAUCACCCCAUCCACUAAUCCCUGGGCAAAGAAGUCAACUCCAUGGGGUAAGAGCCCUCCAGUUGUGGCCUGCUCUCUGGAAGAAGUGAUGAGUGAGCAGCUGGCAGCUGAUCUUCAGGACAAGGAAGGAUGGCCCGAGUUGGGUCCUGUGAAGAAAGAACAGAAAGUUAAAGGACAAGAAGCUGCUGCAGCUGCUGUUCCUGAUAUGACUGAAGAUGAAGUGACAGAGAUCCUGGCAGCUGCUGGCAUAGCUACAGACAAGGAGGGUACAAGUGAUGAACUAAUUGCCCGCAUGAUGCAGCUGGAGUUUGACAGAGAACAUAACAAAAUGCUUCAAAAAGAGCAGGAAAAAUUUAAUGGAACUAACAAAGUUCAAAUAACAUUUGACAACUAUAAGACAAGACAUCCAGUAUAUGAGGAUGAGGAAGAGGAGGAUAGUGAUGAAUAUGGAGACCCACCAGAGAAAAAUAACUGGGAUAAGAAAAGUCCUAAAAUUGGCCCCAAAGGUUACACAGGCACAGGGAAGAACAUCACCACUAAGCAUGACAAGGCAAUCUGUGGCAGGCGCAAUGCUGAGAAGAUGAUGAUGUUCCCACCAGGUUUCGGGUCUGGAGAUGGUGAGGGCAUGGACAUGCAGCUGCCCAACCAUGUGUACAACAAGUUGAAGGCUCACUCACAGAAGGAGGACAAGCACAGAGAGAAGCUGCAUGAAAAGAAGGAGCACUCUACUGCUGAGCACGCUGUAGAUCCCCGGACUCGACUACUCAUGUACAAGCUGGUCAACAACGGAUGGUUGGAUUCUAUAUCUGGCACCAUCAGUGGGGGGAAGGAGUCUGUCGUCUUCCAUGCAUUUGGUGGCAGUGUGGAGGGAAAGGAUAUACCAAAGGAGUGUGCUAUAAAAGUGUUUAAAACUACACUGAAUGAGUUCAAGAAUCGGGAACAGUAUGUCCACGGAGACCCCAGGUUUUUCAAAGAUGACUUCAAGAAACAGAACCCACGGAAGAUAAUGAAACUGUGGGCCAACAAAGAAGCUUUCAAUCUCAACAGGAUGAAGAAGUUUGAUCUCCCCUGUCCCCAUGUUGUGGUAAGGAAACAGCAUGUUCUCGUCAUGUCUUUCAUUGGAGACGAUGGAAUAUCAGCUCCUAAACUCAAGGAUGCAAGACUGUCAUCUGCAGACUUGGAAGAUGCAUAUGCACAAACAAAGAAGAUCAUGUGGGACUUACAGCAGAAAUGUGGCAUAGUGCAUGCAGACUUGAGUGAGUUCAACAUGUUGUGGUACAAAGAUCAGGUGUAUGUCAUCGAUGUCAGUCAGGCUGUGGACCAGGUUCACCCCAAGGCCAUGGAGUUCCUGUACAGGGACUGCUGUAACGUCACAAGGUUUUUCAAUAGUUAUGGCGUCCAUGAUGUGGCAUCACCAGAGGAGUUGUUCAAUGAAACCACAAGGCUCAGUAUACAGGGAACUGGAGCUGACUUUCUUUGUCAGGUUCAGCGCUAUGACAAGGACAGGAAGGAAUCCAUGGUAACACAUGCCAAUCAAUACAAGGAAUAUGCUUUCGACUUCCACUUUGAUAUCUCACAGAGGGAACGGGAGAUGGGUUUACAGGACAGUGAUGAUGACGAGGACUGAACAUACAGCACACAGUCCAGUUUGGUCUCACUGGAAAUUGCUCACUGCCAAAGCCUUGCUGCCCCGCUGAAUGCAAACUAAUCUGAAGAUGGUGUUUCUUUAGCUGCAUUCUCGCUGUAUCAGGGAGGAGGAAAGUAUCACAGUCUUUCAUGCCAAAAUUGAAACUGUCGAUGCAGGCAUUUAUUUACUGUUAUCUGAUUUUGUUCUUGAAAGACGACUAUUUUGGACGAAACGAAAGCUCACCUUACAGUGACUCAGAUUACAAUAUUGAAACUAGAAUAUAACAUCUUACAAUAUUUCUGAGAGAAAAAUGUUCAUCACAUAUAUAAGUUAAUACAUGAAGUUCAAAUCAGGUAAUGAUAAUACAAGAGUGGACAAGAUAUUUAUUUGUGCUAAGGUAUGUUAUCUUGAACUUUGAACUAAACCCCAUUCACGUCAUCGCCUACACUGACCUGCAUAAGUCAUGUUCAUGAUCUUGCAAUGAAAUUGGUACAAAAUUUAGAUCAUGGCAUUGUUCACAAAAUAUACUUUUCGAUGUGAAUGUAGGAAUGAAAUAAUGAAUAUAUCUAUGUGAGGCGAGUCUCAGAAGAUGACGCUUAAUCACAAGUAAUAAUUAUGCCUCUAAAGCAUUAACUUUAGGUCAAGUUGUUUCUUUCAUAGAUGAGCAAAAUAUCCAGUAACUAUAUUUCUUAGUUUUGUAUCUGCUCCAACCUCAUCCAGUGAUAAGAUGCUGUGCCUAUAUUCUGUGGCCGAGCCAACGGAAUGUUUGAUAUUCAUGAAGUGAACUUUAUCUUGGUUUCAGAGCUAAUGCAUUCUUGACUGAAUGAAAGAGAACGUAUUCUUUAGUCCAGACUGAUAGUGUAUAGUAGUGUUUAAAACCUGUGAGAAAAUAGGAAAGUUUCAAGACAAUCUUUUCAUACCAAAGCAAGCUAUUUAGAAAUGUUACCAAUCAUAAUAAAAAAAUGUGUCCUUUGCUUAUUGGCCUAUUGGGACAGUACAUAUCAAAAGAGUGCACAGUGCAUAUUGUACAAUUACAAAGUGUGGAGGUGGUACAUAUUACAUAGAGAUGGUCAUAGUGACAAUGUGUAAAUACUUAUGCAUAAUAUAUAUACAAUUCCAAUGAAAAGAAGCCUUGAUGUGAUUGCCUUCUUCAGUGUUGUUUUCAAAAUGGUUUGUAUGAUAAUCUCCCGAUAUAACAAGUAUUUGUGAAUGAUCAGAACAUUAGCUUUCAUUUCCUUCUGAAAGUAAUUAAUGAAAUAUUUAGUUUAUCUUUUAUUCUCAAAUUGAUGUAGCUUGUCUGCAUCCUUAUGAUUACCAGUAUGUGGCUGUAGUGUUAAUUUGUCUUUAGACAAAACGUUUUAUCCUUCUAUGUAGUAUGGUGUUGUCAGACUGCUCUGUGAUGUUAUGGCUGAAUGAAAGUGUUGGAUGCGUGUUGUUGAUUCUAUUUAUGAAAUUGAGUAUCAUUUACAUGGUACAUUUUGACACAGGUGUUGGAAUAAACAUUUCAACAAGAAA